GAAUUCAGGACUGAAUCGUGCUCAGAACCCCCACAAUCUAUUGGCUGUGCUUGGCCCCUUUUCCCAACACACAUAUUCUGCCUGGUGGGUGGAGGUUAAACAUGCGGGGAGGAGGAAAGGAACAGGAUAGAGAGUGGGAUGGGGUCAGUAGGAGUCUCAAGGACUGGCUAUCCUGACAUCCUUCCCCGCGUUCAGGUUGGCCACCAUGGCGUGCUGCCAGAGGGCACCCACCUGACCCUUAAAGAGAGGACAAGUUGGGUGGCGUCUGUGGCUGACACUCUGUGCACAACCCUCACAACGCUGGUGACGGUGGGAAGGGAAAGAUGACAAGCCAGGGGGCAUGAUCCCAGCAUGUGUGGGAGGAGCUUCUAAAUUAUCCAUUAGCACAGGCACGUCAGUGGCCCCAUGCAUAAAUGUACACAGAAACAGGUGGGGGCAACAGCAAGAGAGACGGGGCCAGGGUAUAAAAAGGGCCCACAAGAGACCAGCUCCAGGAUCCCAAGGCCCAACUUCCGGAAACACUCAGGGUCCUGUGGACAGCUCACCUAGCUGCAAUGGCUGCAGGCUCCCGGACGUCCCUGCUCCUGGCUUUUGCCCUGCUCUGCCUGCCCUGGCUUCAAGAGGGCAGUGCCUUCCCAACCAUUCCCUUAUCCAGGCUUUUUGACAACGCUAUGCUCCGCGCCCAUCGCCUGCACCAGCUGGCCUUUGACACCUACCAGGAGUUUGAAGAAGCCUAUAUCCCAAAGGAACAGAAGUAUUCAUUCCUGCAGAACCCCCAGACCUCCCUCUGCUUCUCAGAGUCUAUUCCGACACCCUCCAACAGGGAGGAAACGCAACAGAAAUCCAACCUAGAGCUGCUCCGCAUCUCUCUGCUGCUCAUCCAGUCGUGGCUGGAGCCCGUGCAGUUCCUCAGGAGUGUCUUUGCCAACAGCCUGGUUUAUGGCGCCUCGGACAGCAACGUCUAUGACCUUCUAAAGGACCUAGAGGAAGGCAUCCAAACGCUAAUGGGGGUGAGGGUGGCACCAGGGGUCCCCAAUCCUGGAGCCCCACUGACUUUGAGAGCUGUGUUAGAGAAACACUGCUGCCCUCUUUUUAGCAGUCAGGCCCUGACCCAAGAUAACUCAUCUUAUUCUUCAUUUCCCCUUGUGAAUCCUCCAGGCCUUUCUCUACACCCUGAAGGGGAGGGAGGAAAAUGGAUGAAUGAGAGGGAGGGAACAGUGCCCAAGCGCUUGGCCUUUCCUUCUCUUCCUUCACUUUGCAGAGGCUGGAAGAUGGCAGCCCCCGGACUGGGCAGAUCUUCAAGCAGACCUACAGCAAGUUUGACACAAAUUCACACAACGAUGACGCACUGCUCAAGAACUACGGGCUGCUCUACUGCUUCAGGAAGGACAUGGACAAGGUCGAGACAUUCCUGCGCAUCGUGCAGUGCCGCUCUGUGGAGGGCAGCUGUGGCUUCUAGCUGCCCGGGUGGCAUCCCUGUGACCCCUCCCCAUUGCUACUCCUGGCCCCGGAAGGUGCCACUCCAGUGCCCACCAGCCUUGUCCUAAUAAAAUUAAGUUGCAUCA